AUGAAGGGCACACUCGUUCCUACUUGGGCUAUCCUGUUUGCCGGCCUUGGUAGCUUGGCCAAUGGCAGCCGAAUCCAUCCCCGAGGCCAAUGUAGCAAUACCAAUUACUCAGAUGGCCGCCAAAACAGCAGUGUCACGCCAUUCCCAAUGGCGCUGUGCAAUGGUGUUUCGAUUGAAGAUGCUACAAUUGGUGACCUGCAACUCUACAUGGGUCAAGGAACGCUCACCAGCCAACAACUUGUCGAAUGCUACUUGGCACGCAUAGAGCAGACUAACAAAUAUCUCCACUCCAUCAGUGAGACCAAUCCAGAUGCUCUUUCUAUCGCCGCUGCUCUUGAUGAAGAGCGGUCUCAGUCAGGACCUCGUGGACCCAUGCAUGGCAUCCCAUUCGUGGUCAAAGACAACUACUACACAGAUGACAAGCACAAUACAUCUGAAGGAGGUCUCGUUCUUCUUGGCGGCAGAUACCCUGAGGAAGCCACUGUAGUCGCAAAGAUAAGGGCCGCUGGCGGUGUACUGUUGGCCCAUGCUUCAUUGUCAGAGGCGGCCGAUCACAGAGCAUUGACCAAUUUCUCGGACGGUUAUUCAACGAGAGCGGGCCAAAUCAGAAACCCAUACAACCUGACCCAGGGCACGAGUGGCAGUAGUGGUGGCUCUGCUGUGGCGGUCGCCAGUAAUCAGGCGGCAAUUUCCUUCGGAAGUGAGACUCACGGGUCCUUAGUUCACCCUUCGUCGCAUCUCGGGCUGUAUACCAUCAAGUCGACGCCUGGUCUACUGUCACGACACGGCAUCAUACCUGGAAGCUUUUACCAUGAUACGCCGGGACCUAUGGCGCGGUCCAUGAAGGAUGUCGCCUACCUAUUGGAUAUCAUGGCCGGUGCUGACCGUUCUGACAACUUGACAUGGAACGCUUUGGGCCAUCUUCCCACCGAAGGCUACACUGCCCAUUUAGCUCAAAAGGGAGGCCUGCGCGGUAUGAAGCUGGGCUUGCCCUGGAAUCCUUACUGGUCGACCAACCCGGCAGUCAAUGCGCCCGAUCAGCGUGUCAAGUAUGAAGGACUUCUUGACCAGCUCAAGGCCGCCGGAGCUGAGCUCUACAAUAUCAGCUAUAUUCCUGGCAUACAAGAGAUUGCCAACCCAUAUGGUUUCGGACAACCAUCAGAUACUCCAGACAGCCGCCAGCAAUUGACCGUCUAUGAAGUACUUCUCGAUGUUGCAUAUGCCGAGUGGCUGAGAAACUGGACCUUUCCGGCCGACGACGAACGCUACGGUAUGAGCACCCUCACGGAGAUGGCCGCCUGGAACGAUGCCCACAACGACACGACGGGCGCGCUUGGCAACAGCACUUGGUGGUACAAUACAGAAACCGGGCAGGAUUUCUACGAUCUAGCAAUUGCCACCAACGGCACGCAAGGUGAUGCCUUUUGGGCAAACUUUGGCUGGGGCAGACAUGCUGCGCAAACAGCAAUUGAUGGCGGCCAUGCCUACACGACCGACAAUGGCACCGUCAUUGAGCUCGACGCUCUGCUUAUCCCCAAUGAUGAUACCGGUACUGGAAGUCAAGCCUGUGCAUCGAUCCCGUCGUAUGCCGGGUACCCCAUCGCCGCUCUUCCGGUAGGGCAGACGGGAUACUCGGUGCCGUUCGGCCUCUGUCUCUGGGGCCGUCAAUGGGGUGAAGCCAGACUCGUCCAUGUCGCCUCAGCCAUGGAGGAUCUGUUCAGGUGGCAAGGUGUGCCCGAGUGGCAUAAUUAUGAUACGGCCGAGGGUAUUUGGGAUAGUCCUUGGCCAGGGUACAGCUGCAGCGAAGAGUCCCUCGACGUCUACGCUUGUGAUCCGUCCACAUAA